AUGCCAGUGAGCCUCUCCACGGCCCUGCGAGUCGUUGGGACCAGCCUCUUCGCCUUGGCGGUACUGGGGGGCAUCCUCGCCGCCUACGUCACAGGGUACCAGUUCAUCCACACAGAGAAGCACUACCUCUCCUUCGGGCUCUACGGGGCCAUCCUGGGGCUGCACCUCUUCAUCCAGAGCCUUUUCGCCUUCCUGGAGCACCGGCGCAUGCGGGGCGAGGGGCGGCCGGUGCGGCUGGGGCGCACGGUGGCCCUCUGCAUCGCCGCCUACCAGGAAGAUCCCGACUACCUGAAGAAAUGCCUGCGCUCCGUCAAGCGCAUCGCCUUCCCCGACCUCAAAGUGGUGAUGGUGGUGGACGGGAACGGCCCCGACGACACCUACAUGCUGGACAUCUUCCACGACGUGAUGGGCUCGGAGCGCUCGGGCAGCUACGUCUGGAGGAGCAACUUCCACGCGCGGGGCGAGGGGGAGACGGAGGCCGGGCUGCGGGAAGGGCUGGCCCACGUCCAGGCGCUGGUGCGCGGCACCACCUACUCCUGCAUCCUCCAGAAGUGCGGGAAGCGGGAGGUGAUGUACACGGCCUUCCGGGCGCUCGGAGACUCCGUGGACUACAUCCAGGUGUGUGACUCAGACACGGUGCUGGACCCCGCCUGCACCGCCGAGAUGCUCCGCAUCCUGGAGGCCGACCCCCGCGUCGGCGGCGUCGGCGGCGACGUCCAGAUCCUCAACAAGUACGACUCGUGGAUCUCCUUCCUGAGCAGCGUGCGGUACUGGAUGGCCUUCAACGUGGAGCGCGCCUGCCAGUCCUACUUCGGCUGCGUGCAGUGCAUCAGCGGGCCCCUGGGCAUGUACCGCAACGCCCUGCUGCAGCAGUUCCUCGAGGACUGGUACCACCAGACCUUCCUGGGCAGCAAGUGCAGCUUCGGGGACGACCGGCACCUCACCAACCGCGUGCUCAGCCUGGGCUACCAGACCAAGUACACGGCUCGCUCCAAGUGCCUGACGGAGACGCCCACCCGCUACCUGCGCUGGCUCAACCAGCAGACCCGCUGGAGCAAGUCCUACUUCCGCGAGUGGCUCUACAACGCCCUGUGGUUCCACAAGCAUCACCUCUGGAUGACCUACGAGUCGGUGGUGACCGGCUUCUUCCCCUUCUUCCUCAUCGCCACCGUCAUCCAGCUCUUUUACCGCGGCCGCAUCUGGAACAUCCUCCUCUUCCUGCUGACGGUGCAGCUGGUGGGCAUCAUCAAGGCCACCUACGCCUGCUUCCUGCGGGGCAACGCCGAGAUGAUCUUCAUGUCCCUCUACGCCCUCCUCUACAUGUCCAGCCUGCUGCCCGCCAAGAUGUUCGCCAUCGCCACCAUCAACAAGUCGGGGUGGGGCACGUCGGGGCGCCGGACCAUCGUGGUUAACUUUGUGGGGCUGCUGCCGGUGUCGGUGUGGGUGGCGGUGCUGCUGGGCGGGCUGGCCUACACCGCCUACAGCCAGGACCUCUUCAGCGAGACCGAGGUGGCCUUCCUCGUCUCGGGGGCCAUCCUCUACGCUUGCUACUGGGUGGCCCUGCUCACCCUCUACCUGGCCAUCGUCGCCCGGCGCUGCGGCAAACGGCAGGAGCAGUGCGGCCUGGCCUUCGCCGAGGUCUGACCACAGGGAGCGCCGGGGUGGCCCCACGUGCCGGGGCAACCGCUACCGGUCCCCUCCUCACCCACCACCAGCCCCGGCACA